AAGAUCUCCUGACCACCAACAUCUUUCCCAUCCAGCUAGCAGCAGUUAAUAAAUUAAAAAGAGAUGACGGAGAAGGUGCUAGUUCUGAUCGUUGGUGCAGGUCCAUCAGGCCUUGCUGUAGCAGCAUGCCUCGGCGAGCACGGCAUCCCGUACCACAUUGUGGAGCGCGAGGACUGCAGCGCUUCGCUGUGGCGCAAACGCACGUACGAUCGCCUCAAACUCCACCUCGCCAAGGAGUUCUGCGAGCUCCCUCGCAUGUCGCAUCCGAGCGACGCCCCCAAGUACAUCACGAGGGAGCAGUUCGUGAGGUACGUCGACGACUACGUCGAGCGCUUCAACAUCCUCCCCAGGUACAGCACCUCGGUCGAGUCCUGCGAGUACGACGAGGCCAGCGGCCGCUGGGACGUCAGAGCGCGUGACCUAGCGGACGGCGGCGGCCGAGUGGCCGAGUACACGACCAGGUUCUUGGUCGUAGCCACCGGCGAGAACUGCGAGGGAGUCAUCCCGGAUAUCCCUGGGCUGCGCGAUUUCCCGGCUGGUGAGGUCGUGCACUCGUCGAGCUACAAGUCGUGGAAGAACUAUGCCGGGAAGAGAGUCCUGGUGGUUGGGUGUGGCAACUCUGGCAUGGAGAUUGCAUAUGAUCUUGCCUACAAUGGAGUGGAAACCUCCUUGGUUAUCCGUAGCCCGGUGCAUGUUAUGACCAAGGGUCUGAUUUACUUGGGCAUGAGGCUGCUGAAAUGGCACCUUCCCGUGAAACUUGUGGACUUCAUCAUCUUGACCUUGGCAAACAUCCAGUUCGGUGACCUCUCCCGCUACGGCAUAGUCAGGCCCGACAUGGGCCCGCUUCUUCUCAAGGCCAAGACUGGCCGGUCAGCUGUCCUAGACGUUGGCACAACUCAGUUAAUAAAGACUGGCGAUAUCAAGGUGGUUGGGGCAAUAUCUCGCAUCAGAGGAAACACAGUGGAGUUCGAGGAUGGGAAGGAGAGGGACUUCGAUUCUCUCGUGUUCGCAACAGGAUAUAGAAGCACUGCGAACACGUGGCUUAAGGACGGUGGGAGCUUGCUAGACGACAAUGGCAUGCCGAAGAAGAAGGCGGCGGGGCCGCAGCAGGGCAGUCGGCCAUGGAAGGGCGGCAACGGGCUCUACUGCGUUGGGCUGGGGAUGGCUGGACUGGCUGGCAUCUCUCGUGACGCAGUGAGCGUUGCUGCGGACAUCAAGGCCGCGGUGGAUUCCAUGGUGGGGCCGCCGGCGUUCUGGUUCUGAUCGAACAGCUUAGAUCUAUCUGCUAGCUCGAUCGUCGAUGCAUGGACGGAGUGAAGAAUAAUAACGUUACGUACGUACGUACCGCGCGAUCGAGAGGAGAUCAUCGAUCUCUAUCCAUCCGACGUGUGGUGCGUGCGUGCGUGCUGCUGGUUAAGAAUAAUUAAGUAAGAGUGUUUGUUAUUGGCUAGC